AAGGUCACAUCAUCUGAAUAAAUACAGGUCAUCCAGCUUCAGACUUGCCACACAGUCUAUCCAGAUCUCCUCUGCCUCCAUUCGGGGAGUUGCUUCAGCUUACCUUCAUCCAGAUAACGAGUCAAAAUGCCGCACGCUUAUCCAUUUCUCACCCCUGACCAGAAGAAGGAGCUGAGCGAUAUUGCUCUCAGGAUUGUUGCCCCUGGCAAAGGCAUUCUGGCUGCCGAUGAGUCUACAGGUAGCGUAGCAAAGCGAUUCCAGAGCAUCAAUGCUGAGAACACAGAGGAGAACAGGAGGUUGUACCGUCAGCUGCUCUUUACUGCAGAUGACAGCAUCAAGCCCUGCAUCGGUGGAGUCAUUCUCUUCCAUGAGACUCUCUACCAGAAGACAGAUGAUGGCAAACUUUUCUCCCAGCUCCUUAAGGAGAGGGGCAUGGUAGUUGGCAUCAAAGUGGACAAGGGUGUUGUCCCCCUGGCGGGCACCAAUGGAGAGACCACCACACAAGGUCUGGAUGGUCUGUAUGAGCGCUGUGCCCAGUAUAAGAAAGAUGGUGCGGACUUCGCCAAAUGGAGGUGUGUGCUGAAGAUCACCCCCACAACCCCCUCUAGCCUCGCUAUCAAGGAGAACGCUAAUGUGCUUGCCCGUUACGCUAGCAUCUGUCAGAUGCAUGGCAUUGUGCCCAUUGUGGAGCCUGAGAUUCUGCCUGAUGGCGAUCAUGACCUUAAGAGGUGCCAGUAUGUGACCGAAAAGGUUCUGGCUGCCAUGUACAAGGCCCUGUCAGAGCAUCAUGUGUACCUAGAGGGCACUCUUCUCAAACCCAACAUGGUAACUGCCGGGCACUCCUGUUCCCAUAAGAACACUCCCCAGGAGAUCGCCAUGGCGACUGUCACAGCUCUUCGCCGCACUGUUCCUCCCGCUGUGCCUGGUAUCACCUUCCUGUCUGGAGGCCAGAGUGAGGAGGAGGCCACACUCAACCUGAACGCCAUGAACCAGUGUCCCCUGCACAGGCCCUGGGCACUCACCUUCUCCUAUGGCCGUGCCCUGCAGGCGUCUGCACUCAAAGCCUGGGGUGGCAAGAAGGAGAAUGGCAAGGCAUGCCAGGCGGAGUUUAUAAAGAGAGCUGUUAACAACAGCCAGGCCUGUACUGGGAAAUACGUGUCUACAGGAGAGAAGGGUGCUGCUGGUGGAGAGUCUCUCUUUGUGGCUAACCACGCCUACUAAACACCAAGAGGCCUUUUAUAAUUCAAUGUUAUUCCUGAAAAAUCAUGAAACCCAACUGCACGAAAUGCUCUGAACUCCAUUAUUUGACCCAUUCCCUUUUCAUUCAAUGUUUGUUACUUCUAUUUGUGAAGCAAAACUUUGGAAAUCUGGUGAGAUGAGGCCUAAAGUAUUUAUAUUAAUGAGUAAAUGUAAUAUAAUAACUUGAAUUUAGAUGUUUUCAGCCCAGUAAUUCUCUCUCUUCCACCUUUUAGCACUCCCAUGUGUGCUACUGUCACUUUGUGAAACGUUGCAAUUGUACUAGUAGUUACGUAUUUGACUUGUACAAAGCACACAUGCCUUUCGGAGGGAUGUUGUUUAUUAUGACACUGAAAAAAUAUUAAAGUAUCUCUCACAGCUGA